AUGAUAAAAAUUCUUGAAUAUAUCCAUUCAAAACAAAUACUUCAUUGUGAUAUAAAACCUGAUAACUUUAUGAUAUCUCAAGAUGGAGAUAUAAUUUUGAUUGAUUUUGGUUUAUCAGAAUAUUAUCAAGAUUUUUCUUGUCAUCAAAAGUUAGGAUUUAAAGGAAGCCUUAAAUUUGCAUCUCCAAAUCAACAUUUAGGAAAGAAAUCUAUUCCAAUUGAUGAUAUAAUUCCUUUAUUUUAUAUUUUUUAUCAAAAUAUUACAGGAAUAUUACCAUGGGAUACUAUUUCAAAUCCACAUGAAAUUUAUCAAUUAAAAAUAAAGUUCAAAUCCUUUUCUUUAUUUAAUCAUUCUUUAAUUCCAUUAUCACUUGCAUUAUUAUUUGAAUCAUCUAUUUGUAAUUCAAAAACAGUUAAUUAUCAAUUAAUCUUAGAUACACUCUCUAAGUUAUUUAAUUCUCAAUCAAUACCUUUAUCUCCAAUAUUUGAGUCAAAUGAAUAUGAUGAAAAGAUAUUUCCUUCUUUAAAAGAUGAUAAUUAUAAAAAGGAUACACUUCUUGAAAACAAUAUUGAUAAACAAGAACAGUAUUAUUCUUCUCAAGUUACUUCACCAGAAUUAUCACAAAAUUUCUUUACAAAUAUUAAAUCUACAGUAUCUAAAAUAAACCCAUUCUCAUUUAUUAUGUUAAGAAUUAAAUAA